AUGCAUACUCUUGCGGUACUUGCACUCUUCUUGAGUCUUUCUCCAGCGUUCGCGCUGUGGCCCCUCCCUCGUCAAAUAUCCAAGGGCACCACCGCUCUCAAACUUUCACCAGGGUUCAAUAUCAAGCUUUCUGGCAUCAGAAACGCGCCAAAAGACCUCACCGACGCUGUUGCGCGUUCGUCGAACUACCUCCGCAACGACAAGCUCCAGGCACUGGUAGUUGACCGCGGCGCCUCCUCUGCCCAACGCGUCGCUUCGGCAAAGUCGCUGAAGACAUUGACCUUGUCGCUCACCUCUUCAGCCAAGACUGUCAAGAGCAUCUCGGAAGACGCUGUUCUCCCUUUGGAGUCGCGAGUCGAAGGAUACACCCUCAUUAUACCCGCCGAUGGCUCAGAGGCGACUUUGACAGCUAAUUCCACUCUGGGUCUGUUCAGAGGUCUGACCACCUUCGAACAAGUGUGGUAUGAGUGGAAUGGCAACAGUUAUACACUGGAAGCCCCUUUCAAUAUCGAGGACUCUCCUGCAUACCCUUACCGCGGAUUUAUGUUGGACACUGCGAGGAAUUAUUUCCCCGUAUCGGAUAUCAAACGCACUCUGGACGCGAUGAGCUGGGUGAAGAUUAACACUCUUCACUGGCAUAUCGUAGACUCCCAAUCCUUCCCUCUUCAGGUCCCUGGUUUCCUCGAGUUGUCUGAAAAAGGUGCCUACAAUGCCCAAUCUGUAUACACCGCUUCAGACGUGAAGGGCAUUGUCGAUUAUGCUGCAGCACGUGGCAUUGACGUUAUCGCGGAGAUUGACACACCAGGCCAUACAUCUGCCAUCGCGAAGUCAUUCCCAGAACAUAUUGCUUGUCCCGAAGCUUCUCCUUGGACUCAGUUCGCUAACGCUGGUCAACUGCGCCUUGCCAAUCCUGAUACCGUCAACUUUACAGCGUCGCUCCUCACUUCUGCCGCGUCUCUUUUCCGUUCCAGCUACUUUGGAACUGGAGGGGAUGAAAUAAAUACAAAUUGUUAUACUCAGGACAACCAGACCCAAGCAGAGCUUGCUGCCCAAGGCAAAACUCUAGAUCAAGCCUUAGAUGAGUUUACUCAAGUCAGUCAUAAAGCUCUCAAAGCAGUAGGAAAGACGGCAAUGGUCUGGGAAGAAAUGCUUCUAGUCCAUCCAGUCAACCUCGCGAACGACACACUUGUUAUGGUUUGGAUAUCACCCGCGAACGUUGCGUCCGUCGUUCAAAAAGGAUAUAAGGUCAUUCACGCAGCCAACGAUUACUUCUACCUGGACUGCGGUCACGGAGGCUGGGUCGGCCAGAACGUCCUCGGAAAUAGUUGGUGUGAUCCUUUCAAGACAUGGCAGAAGGCAUACUCUUUCGACCCGCUGGCUAACUUGACCAGCGAUCAAUACCACCUUGUACAAGGAGGCCAACACUUAUUGUGGACCGAACAGUCAAGCCCAGCAAAUUUGGACAGCAUUGUCUGGCCCCGCGCCGCUACAUCUGCUGAGGUCUUUUGGUCAGGACCAGGGGGUGACGUUGGCGCCGCCCUUCCCCGACUGCAUGACAUUGCGUAUCGCUUCAACCAGAGAGGCGUGCAAGCAAUAGCUUUGCAACCAGAAUGGUGCGCGUUGCGUCCUGGUGCAUGCGAUUUGAAUGCUUGA